AUGGCUCAUAAUAGCGGGGAGCCCGACAGAAGGAGAGAGGAAUUUUCUCAAGACAUGGGUCGCCUUAUUCUCCAAGCUGUAAGUAGAUUACGUGAUACUGAUUUGGAUAAUAUAGGUGUUGAUGACGCCUUUGUUGUUGAAAUGUUGGGAAUCAAACUUUCAAAGGAGAUAGGGAAAGGGAAAAAUGGCUGUGCGGUUUAUUCGGGGCAGAUUUAUGAUUCUACUGAGGUUGCUGUCAAAAGAUUUGUCAAGGGACACAUUGAGGUGGAUAGUCAUAUUAUCAACUUCUUAUCCAUAAAUCCGCACCCAAAUGUGGUGUGUCCUGUUAGCGGAGUAAAAUACAAUAGGUAUUUUGGCUAUAUCAUUCAAGAGUUGUGUCAUUUUAGUUUGCUCGAUCUGAUUGACGCAUUGAACCCUUUAUGUAAUUUCGUUGUCAAUCCUGAUGAUGCGCAACCUAUGAUUGAUUACAAAGAGAAGCAGAAAGCUCUUAGAGAUACAAUGCGGACGAGGGGCAUUGAGUUGUGGGCUCAUAAGGCUGUUGGCUAUCCGUCAGACACAGUGCUGAAACUGAUGAGGGACAUCACAUCAGGAUUGCAUUAUUUGCAUAUGCAUGAUAUGGUGCAUGGAAAUCUGAGAGCAGAAAACAUAUUGAUUGUUGAUAAAAAUGGAGUUCUAUCUGCGAAGAUAUCAGAUGCAGGGAUUGCUGCAGUUUCUGGACGUGCAACAGCUCCAGAACUUUAUAAUGCUGGACAGCGGCCAACUACAAAAUCUGAUAUGUUCUGCUAUGCUUCUAUAAUAUUCUUUUGUCUCACUGGGCAUCAUCCAUUUGGCGACUCUAUUGUACGUGACAAGAGAACUAAGAAGAACAAAAAAGACAUGACUUUGUUGCAAAGGAACUACGAAGCUUCUAUUCUCCUUGGUGAUUUGCUAAGCACGGAUCCUAAUUUGAGGUGA